AUGCUGAGAGAAAAUCAACCUGUUAAGCCACCCAAGCCUGAAUACAAGCCACACGAAUACACUGACAUCCGUGUAAUACAGCGUAAUCUCGUGUAUAUAAUAGGAAUACCUGUGAAGUACGCUGAUGAGAACGUCCUGAAAAGCAACGAAUUUUUUGGGCAGUUCGGUAACAUCAAAAAGCUCGUCAUAAAGAACCGAUCUAUGACCGACCAGAGUGUGUCUGCGUACAUAACGUAUGAGAAAGAGAGCAGCGCAGUGCGCUGCAUAACAGAAGUGGAUGAGAGCUUGCUCGAGGGAAGAGCGCUUAAAUGCACUUUUGGUACGACCAAAUACUGCUCGUUCUUCCUCAAGAACCUGAUAUGUCAGAAUUGUGAGUGCAUGUAUUUGCACGAAAUAGGUGAGAAGGACUGUGCAUUAACAAAAGAGGAGAUGUGCACGGGUAAGCAUAAGCUGCACAGCUUUAAGGUUAUCAACAAGGGACGAGAACGAAUAGGGAAGAAAAAGUACGAGCUUAGCGAGUGUCUCUUCAAGUACAAGGAAGUAAAGAACUUUCGAGUACCUGAGAAAAUCAAUUUCAGUCCUAAAUAAACAUUAAAGUAUUGCACAUGGUUUACUACGAUGUAUUACACGUGAUAUACGGUUGAUAGGAGUACUCGAUGUGAAACAACACAG